UGACGCUUUUAAAGUUUGAAAAGGCCAUAUGCGGGUGAUUUUGGAGGCCGGAAUGGUUUUAUCAGUCUUUUCCCUGGCCUAACAGGCAGGCGAGGCUUUUUGUUGACGCCACAUGUGAUGUCACCUUUGGAAUGCCCAGUAUUCACGGUGUCCAAUUUGGGCACCCGCCUUGCCGUGCCUAUUUUUCCCGACGCGACGGCCAGGGACUUCAAGAGAGUAUUUGAGAGAGCACACUUGCAUUGCUUCCCAGAACGUGGAAAAAUUGUGGCAAACAGUGUAAUGGUCAAGAGAAAGGCAAAAUUUUACCACUUGUCUGAUACUCUACCCAUAAAGCAUGUUUUCCAGUACUUGAAGGGUAACUGGUUUCUUCAUGUUAGAGUAUAUCAUUCUAGCAUUGCUGACCCGAUAGGAUUACCUGAAUGUAUAAAGGGUUGUUCAAAUGAUGGUGAACCUGAGAAUUUUCAUACAAGCACUACUCCAAAGAUUAGGUCAAGUUGCCGGAGGAGUAGGGGGAUCGGCAUGAAAAGGUUCACCAGCAUUAGGAGGCCACCUUUAGGCAUUCGAAGAAGGCAUUUCUUUUCUAGGAGGUUAAAUAGUAAAAGGAAAAGGGUUGGUAAAAUUUGUGGUGACAGAUUUGAUAUCGAUGUGUCGUCGGGAGCUAAAGACAGGUCAAGUAAAGAGAGGAAUUCUUUUAUAGCAUUGGAGAGCCAUUAUGAGGCAUUAUCAUCUGAAACCAUGUCAGUCUCGGGUAUUAUGAAGAAAUAUUUGUCCUAUAAUGAUUAUGUAUCUGAUUACCAUGGGGAGGUGAACUCAAGUUCAGCGUUUUCAUAUUCACCUCUAGAAAUGCUAGAUGUUCCUCUGACAAAUGAAUCGGUCCCAGUCGUCUCAAGUAGUAAGGUCAAGAGUGCUGAAGUGGGGAAGCGCCUUUUGACUGCUGGUAAGAAUCUUGGGUUUAAUGCAAGUAGCCCAAGUAUUGGACUUCGUUUUAUUACAAACUUAUCAGUAUAUGAUAUCCCUGCUGAGGAUGGCUGAAGGUAUAUGAUAUCCCUGCAGACUAGCAGUGCAUGGCUUGGCUACCGUUUGGUGCAGAUUCGAGUAGGCUAUUUCAGUGUAGUCGCACCUAUGUAGCACGGAAACUUUUGGGAAAGAGUAUGUUUCCGUUUCGGAAACUCUACGAAAAUUCUUUGGAAACUCUCUAAACAAGCGUUUUUGAGCAAAAGUUGACGUUUUGCGUUUCCUGUUUCCCCAUGAUUUUUGUGUUUUCGUGCAACAUAGAGUCGCACCGCAUUCUUAACUAAAUUUGCCUUAUCUAACCUAAUUUGUAAUUUCCCAUUUUAUGACAAUUAUAUUGUUGUAUAAUGUAAAUAUAUAUUUUUUAAAAAUAUAAAUCUAGUUAUCAUAUAGAGGUGAUGUAUUAACUUUCUUGUAUAUACAAAGUGGCCGUUUG